AUGAACAUUCUAUGUUUUCUGCUAAUUCUCUACCAAGUGAGUGCUGCACUAAGCUUUUCUAAUCUAAGUAGCUUAAAAGACCUACUAAUUAAAGAUGAUAGGCUUGGGUAUGUAAAAAUUAACCCAAUGGGAGCAUUGAGCCAGUACUAUACAUAUCUUCUCCAUCAAAGCGGCUGCAUGCAUAACAAGCGAUUCUUUUCCCCUGAGAUAAACAUUUUCUAUAGCUUGAAAGGUGUUAAGCCACGCAUAGGCAACAUAAAACAUCUAUAUAAACGAAAUUAUCUUGAUGACAAAGCACAUUUACCCGAUGCCAAUAAUGAAAUAGAAUGCUAUUUAGAAGACUACCACAACACUCUUAUUAAAAUGUUCCCAUCCACAUUGCAUAAAUUAAGUAUUAAUUCGCCCUACAGCAAAGGCUUCACUAUUUUUCUUUUAAAUAUACAGGAUAAAAAAGUUGUGUACCAUCUGCUGGCCUCGCUGCUGUUGAUUUCUGAAGGAGUAGACAUACCACUGGAGUUCCAAUCAUGCAGUAAUUACUCAGAGCUUAUUUUGUACAGAAGCAACAGAGAUAAAGCCAGUGCACACUUUAUCAUUAAAAUGUAUCCAAUAGUUGAGAGAUCGUUUAGUUCUACCACAUAUGGGAAAAAAACGUUUCGCAAGAGCCAUGCAGAGACUAUUAUCCGAUUUUUCAUAAAAAACAGAAACAAUCCACUCUUGCAUGACAAAGGCCCAUUUUCAUAUCCUAAAACAUGGGAAGCCUUUAAGACUGGAAUGUUUAUGAAUAGCCCAAAAUUUCUUAUACAGACAUACAUAUAUGAGUUUAUUAAAACCCCGCCGGAAAUGGCAUUUCUUAUUAAGUCAGUGCAUACUCUAUUGCAUGAGCAGAUGGUGUAUGAAGAAAAGCAAGAAGCUGAUGAGAUAAAAAGGAUCAUCACAUGCAAACCCAAGAGCCAUGCAUCAUUUCUUAAAAAGCCUUUCAGUAUUCUAUUCAAAACCAUUAAAAAAACUGUUCAUAAAACAGAGCCAGAAAGUAAAAUAGACUCAGAAAAUAGGACUGAUUCAAAACCUCCCAUAAUUAUGCCAUUAGCACAUAUUGUCUUUAAAAGCCUCUUUGUUUCAUAUAAUUCGCAGUUUUCGUUAGAUAAAUCUAUUAGCCAGGUUCUGAGCAUAAUUGAAAAUAUCAAAAGGUCUUCUAAGACCAAGUUUAUUUCUUUUAAGAUCUUUGAAAAUAAUCCAAAUAUAUUGUAUCCGAGUACCACAUAUGGAAACUGGGAUCUAGAGCAUAUAAUAAUGGAGGGCAUAAAAAGACCCCAUCAAAAACCCACUUUGAUAACAAUGAACACCGCUAUUCUUUAUCUAUUUGAAUGCUUUAUGUAUCACCCUGAGAACUCAGAAUAUGUUUUAACACACCUUCCACGCAGUGCAUCCAAUGCAUUGAAAAAAUUCUUUACUAACCACCCAACUCCACAUGCCACUAUAAAAGGUAAAGUUUUACAUGAGUGGAAUGGCGUUGUUUCUAAUCUUUUAGAGGGCAUGGUAGAGUAUACUGAUGAAAAUAGAACUAAUCUCAAGCCAGGCCUUUUGAACAUGUUUACUGCAAUUUGUGUAUUAUCAGGAAUGUAUCCCUUGGUAAAACAUGAUCUUAUGCGUUUAAGAGAAAUGGCAAGAGAAAAGAAAAAUCUUAAAAGUAUAUACAGCAAAGUAUCCAGACAAAUGGAGGAUCUUUUUAUAAAAAUCUCUGGAUACGGUAAGAAUGGCUCUAGAUCUAGUGAGAUAUACUCAGAAAGCACCCCCACUGUACGCCCAAAUCUGGAUAUAAAAGUAAACUUUGUUGGUAUGGAUGAACUAAUAGUACAGACGGAUCAAACUGAGCUAUUUGGAGACCUUACUUUGAGCUACAUACAAGAUGGACUAGAAGAAUCACUAGAGUUGAACAUAAGAGAGGAUACUAUGUAUGUUUUUUAUCCUAAUUCAAAGAGAAACCGAAUGUCUAGCUUUACAUACGAAUUAUUUACUUACAUAGCCAAAAACCUCUCUAGCCGCAGAAAUAUGGCUGAGUUGGCACUUGCAAACUAUAUACAAUACCAGCUCAGAGUCUUUAACUGCGAGGAUGAUAUGCUAAUAAAAACACUCUCCCAUGAGGCCAGACAAAUUACAAAAGGCACCCACCAUGGGUUAGAAAGAUUUUUUAUGAUUGGGCCCAUAUAUCAAUACGAUUAUAAAAAGAACAUAGCCAUAUGUGCUUUAAUGAAUGAUCUGAAGAAUACUCUGUUCAAUAACACACCGAGUAUUCGCAUGGUUUCUAACAUUAUAGGAAGUAUAAUACCCCAUACAGAAGCUCUUCAGAAGGAGCUUCUUUCAAUUCUUUUCUAUGCAGCGAAUUAUGAAAAUUUAUAUCCAAAUAUAUGUAUUAGCAGUCAAAUAUCUAAACACUACAAGCUUGAUGAAUACACUGUGAUCAAGCUUCUGGAUUACUUAGCACACCUAGAGUCGGUAGAGGGAAUUCUGAAAUGCCUAAGCAUCUAUCUAAAUAUAGGUGAGUACCCAAUUAUACACUGUUUAUUUCAUUUAUUGGAGCUUGCACCAUUGCAUGUGAAACAACGUAUGCUUGCUUGUCUUACUAUAGGGGGUAAAACCAUUAAAUAUCUCAAUGAUCUUGAAAAUAUUGCUAAAGAUGCAAGAGCAAAGGCGAGAGCAAAAGCAGGAGUAAAAUGCAUACCUGGCGAGGAUGUUCAAAAUGCCAAUCUUUUUUGGCUUAUAUGGAUGAGUAUAGCAUGUCACGAAGCCCCCGUAUAUGCGAUAGUUAUCAAAGGCUGCUAUGAUUCAGUUGAGUUCCAGAAUAAUAAGAUAGAUACUGGAGUGGAUCACUAUCUACAAUAUUCUGCAAAUUCACUAUAUACUCUCACACAUAUGAAAAGACACCUAUGCAUCCAGUUUAUUAGAAAAAGCAAUGAUAAAUUCUUGGCUAUUCGGAAGAUUUUUGAAGAUAGAAUAGCAAAAGAAAAGCAUCUUCUGGAAAUCCGAAAAAAGCUUCUAUCAUAG